AUGAUGACAUCUCCAGUGUUUGUUCUCUAUCUCACAUGUCUGUUUGUGGGGAAAAUGGCUCAGAUGACUGAUCUGAAAUCCUCCUCAUCUGUUCAUCAAGACAGUGGUUUUAUAUCAGCUAAUGUUGGUGACAGCGUAACUUUGCAAUGUUUCUAUGAAGGUGAUCUUGUUGCAGCACUUUACUGGUAUAAACAAACUCUAGGACAGAAACUAAGGCAAAUCUCCAACUUCUAUAAGUUAAAAAAAAGUACCACUUUUCAUGAUGAAUUCAAGGACAAUUCACGCUUUGCAUUGGAUACUGAAAAUGGUAAAAAUCACUUGGUGAUCUCAGAUUUACGUAUUUCAGACUCAGCUACUUACUACUGUGCAAGUAGCUAUACAUAUAAUUUAGAAUUUAAGGAGGGAAUAAUUGUCAAUGUAAAGGGUUCGGGUUUGAACAUCCAAACUUUGGUGCAUCAGUCGGCAUCUGAGAGCAUCCAGCCAGGAGGCUCUGUGACUCUGAACUGUACAGUACACACUGGGACCUGUGAUGAUGGAGAACACAGUGUUUACUGGUUCAAAAACUCUGAAGAAUCUCAUGCAGGACUCAUUUACACACAUGGAGGCAGAACUAAUCAGUGUGAGAGGAACACCAACACACAAACACACACCUGUGUCUACAACUUGCCGAUGAAGAGUCUGAAUCUUUCUCAUGCUGGGACCUACUACUGUGCUGUCGCCUCAUGUGGACACAUACUGUUUGGAAACGGGACCAAGCUGGAUGUUGGCAAUGAGGUAGACUCUCUUGUCUUGGUGUAUUUCUUGAGUGGAGCUUUGGUGUUCACCACCAUCCUCAGUGUUUUACUGGCUUUCUCAAUGUACAAGAUGAACAAAAGCAGCAGUGGCCGAUUAACAGGUAGCUGUUUAUAUCUGACAGCAUGUAUUCACCGAACAUACUGCAGCUAUUGA